GUCAAAUGUCAUUUUGAUUAGAAAAUUAAAUUCGACAAGAAUCGAACCCGAAAUCGAAAACAUUAAGUCAAAAAUUACGUAAGGGAAUAAUAGAAAAUAAUCAAGAACGAUGUCCUUUAUACUUAAACGCACGUUGGGUGCGAGUCGCAAUUUGGGACGAGUUGUGCUUAGUAACAAUCACGUACCAAUCGUUCAACGUGUGGCGACUAAAGCAGACCAAGUAGCACAGGGCGAAACUCGACCUACUGUUGCUAAAUUAGACCCCCUGCAAAAAUCACAAUUAAUCGACUUUGGAAAGUAUGUGGCUGAUUGUAUGCCGAAAUAUGUGCAGAAAGUCCAGAUUACAGCGGGUAACGAAUUAGAAGUUCUCAUCCCCCCAGAAGGUGUUGUGCCUGUUCUGCAGUUCUUAAAGGAUCAUCACAGUGCUCAGUUUGCUAAUUUGGUGGAUAUUGCCGGGAUGGACGUGCCCAGCCGCCCCAACAGAUUCGAAGUUAUUUACAACUUACUUUCCCUGAGGUACAAUGCUAGAAUCCGUGUGAAGACAUACACCGAUGAACUGACGCCCAUUGAUUCUGCCAACGAGGUAUUCAAAGCAGCCAACUGGUAUGAGAGAGAGAUUUGGGACAUGUAUGGUGUAUUCUUUGCAAACCAUCCUGAUUUGAGGAGGAUUUUGACCGAUUAUGGCUUUGAAGGUCAUCCAUUCAGAAAAGAUUUCCCUCUUAGUGGAUAUGUGGAAUUGCGUUAUGACGAUGAGCAAAAGCGAGUUGUGGUGGAGCCACUUGAGUUGGCCCAAGAAUUUAGGAGGUUCGAGCUGAGUGCCCCUUGGGAACAGUUCCCCAACUUCAGAGGCAAUCCAGUUGCUGAAGAGGUCACCAGUGCAGCUGAACCCAAAAAAGAAUAAAUACUGGUUAAAUUAAAUGUAUAAUAGUCAUAAUUAAAUAAAAUGCUGUGAUGGCUUCCAUGAUCUUUUAAUCAAAUUAUAGAUUGAUGCACAGAAUUAAAGUAGGUUAUUUAAAAUG